AUGGCGUUGGAGCGAUUUCUGAAAAUGGAAAAACGAUUGGAACGAGAUGCGGAAAUGAAAAUUCAAUAUCAUGCCUUCAUGCAGGAGUAUGCUAACCUUGGGCACAUGAAGAAGGUAACAAAUGAAGACACACUGAGGGAGAAUGCAAGUUCUGGAGCGCAGAAGGUGCUUUACCUGCCUCACCAUGCGGUGUUGAAGGCAUCAAGCAGCACGACCAAAGUGCGCGUUGUGUUCGACGGAUCAGCGCGCACAAACAGCGGAUACUCUUUGAACGAUGCUUUAUUGAAAGGACCGAUAAUCCAGGACGAGCUUUUGAGUCUUCUACUGCGUUUCCGUAAGCAUGAAAUCGCAUUAGUAGGAGACGUGGAAAAAAUGUACAGGCAAGUUCGCGUACAUCAGGAUGAUACAAGCCUUCAACGAAUCCUUUGGAGAUUUUCGGCCGAUGAACCUAUUUGCGAAUACGAAUUGCUUACAGUCACCUACGGAUUAACACCAUCAUCAUUUCUUUCCAUUCGAGCGUUGCAUCAGUUAGCAGCAGACGAGGGGGCUGAAUUUCCUGUUGCUAGUGCGGCUUUGAUCCAUGAUUUUUAUGUAGACGACUACAUCGGCGGGGCAUCCAGUGUUGGCAAUGCAACUCAAUUGCGGGAAGAUUUGACGAAAUUGAUGUCCAAAGGCGGUUUUGUACUGAGGAAAUGGUGCUCGAAUUGUCCGGAGGUACUGAAGGACGUCCCUGCAGAUCAGCUAGGAACGCAUCUGUCGAUUACAUUCGAUUUGAAUCCAGAUGAGGAGGUGAAAACAUUAGGAAUAACAUGGGAGCCAAGAUCUGAUCAAUUGAGAUUCAACAUGGAGGUUGCAGUCGACAGCGUAGCGUGGACAAGGAGACGAAUUCUUUCGUGCAUUGCGAAGCUAUUUGAUCCUCUAGGAUUAAUAUCGCCAAUAGUCGUUUAUGCGAAGAUAAUUAUGCAGCAGCUUGCUUUAUUGCAAACUAGUUGGGAUUCUCCUGUUCCAAUGGAAUUAGAGAAAAGGUGGACGGCUUUCUACAACGAAUUAAACAAUUUGUCGAAACUACGAGUUCAGCGGUUUGCCUUCAUAUCUUCUUGGAACGAUGUUCAGAUCCACUGUUUUGCAGAUGCAUCAGAAUCAGCUUAUGGAGCCUGUUUGUACGUUCGUACAAUGGAUGCCAAUGGAAAUAUACAUAUCGAAAUGCUGUCUUCGAAAUCCCGUGUAGCUCCAUUAAAAAGGCUUACUCUACCACGUUUGGAGUUGUGUGCUGCUAAGGAGGCAGCUACUCUAUACUCUAAGGUCAUUAAGGCAAUCGACCUGGGCCAAGUUCGCUCCACAUUUUGGUCUGACUCAACAAUUGUGCUUCACUGGCUUCAAGCUCCUCCAAAUACUUGGAAGACCUUUGUUGCCAACCGAGUCUCGACCAUUCAAACUAUAACACAAGGUCAUCGUUGGCGACACAUAGCUGGAAAGGAAAACCCUGCUGACUUGGUAUCCCGAGGAUUGACCGUCAACGAUUUUCUUCAGAACCUGUUGUGGAAAAAUGGACCAUCUUGGCUACGAAACCCAGAGGAUUCCUGGCCAUCUCAAACUCUGGAGAUCAGUUGCACGGAUGUCGAUAUGGAGACUAGAAAGUUAGUAACACACAUUACAACUACGUCAACGGAACUCAACGAAAUCUUCACGAUCCGGUCAAAAUUGAGGCACUUCUACGUAUUGUCGCUUACUGCAUUCGAUUUGGUCGCAAUUGCCGUGCUCCUGAUCAAAGAAAUCGCUCUCCGUGUUUGA